CACAACGUGUCGUACUCUACGUACGUUAAGCCCGUAAAAGUGCAAUCAUCGAAUACGUAGCAUUAACUCGCCGUUGGUGGCAUUCUCAAGUGCCACUUCGGAAAUUAUCAUGUUAGGGUUCCAGAAUAUGCAGAUUGUAAUAGCUGAUGUAUCGGAAUACUGGGUCACGACAAUUAAAGAUGGCGAUUUCGGAAUGGGAAAAUACCAUCUUGAUGACCUUUUGCCUGCUUCCUGGAAUAUUAGGAGUACCAGCAAUGCAGCAGCCCCAGGUGAUUGCUCCACCACCAUUUCGCAACGACGAUGUAGCGGUGAAAUUGCAACAUAUUCGUAAUCUCGUAAACGAUGCUCAGCCGCGCCAAAAACGUGAUGUUGGGAGUUACGAGGCUGGUCGUUUGUAUGGAUUGGUUAACUUGUUAAUAUCCCUGUUGGCGGCGUUACAGUCACAACAAGCAACUACAGCCGCAUCUCCCACCGAACCGCUCCCGGAGGGAGAAACUCCUUCACCGACACCUCCGACUACAGCGCCCGCUUCCGGCGGCGGACUGGACCCAUUAUUGCUUGCGCAAAUUCUCGCGCUGACGGGUGGGUUUGGUGGAGGAGGACGUUACAGUGAUGAUGCUAACGAAUUAGCAACUGGAUACAGUCGCGUUCAAAAAUUCAUUAAUUGUGCUGGGCAAGAGACCUUAUGUCACCCCGAGACAAAGAUUCUGAAUUUGGUUCCAUUUCCGGAUCAUGUGCUAGCAUUGAGUAAAACGAAAACAUUCCGAAUCGAUUUCAAUGGCGACGUUAUUGAUCAUGACGGUAUUUCCAAAGAUCAAACAUACAAAAAUUUCAAGGAAAUCCCCACCGCAUCGCUGCGAUUAGGCGAUCUGCAUUAUAUUUUUUAUGGAAGAAAUGUAUCGCUAUUAAGCAACGAAUCUGUCGUAUUAGCACAACAUACUGGCAUCGAGAACAUCUUUUUUAAAGUAAAAGAAGCAAUCCGCGGGGCUUUUCGAUUUAACGAUCACACCUUGACAUUAUUUCUGGACCGGCAUUUUAUAUUUUAUCAGCCGUUAGCCAACCCGCCUGUUGAUCCCAGAUUUAGUCCUCAGCCGAUUUACGUUGUUCCAGGCGGACCGAAUGAAAUUGACGGUGCAAUGGAAAUAAACAAUAAAAAGUGCUAUACCUUUACCGCACGGGAUGGCUAUACGAAAUAGCACAAGAGGAAAUGCAGGUGGUCGACAAAUACCCCUUACGGAAAACCGGAAGAAGUAAAUCUGGAUUCAUCAACUGCACCCAACAACCACCCUGUUGAUGACAUAUUAGAGGAUGAUUACUUCAAAGAUCACUGCUGAAAAGCAUACUCAAAAAGGAUUUAAAUUAAUACGUUUCUGGUUGUUAGCAAAGCUCAGAUUUUUAUGCGUUACUGUAAUUCAAAAGUUAGAUACGUUGCUUCUUAAUCGCAUUGGACGUUUUCAAAAAUUUCUGUGAUAUACGGGGAAUAACAAAUAGAUAAAAUC